CGAAACCGAACCGAUAUCCGGAUUGAACACCCCUAUCUAGAAGAGUCUAUUCAGAACAUUAUGUACGGAAAUAUUUUUUUUAAAUGAUUAAAAUCAUCUAAUAAGUAAAAGAGGAAUACGCUCAGCGCUCAGACGUCCACGUCGGAUGAAAUAAUCAGCCAAUCCCGUUGCAUCUUUCUUCCACGUCUUUGCUACGUUGGGCUUCAUUACGAUGGGCUUCGUUGUUAUGUUUUAUUUUUGUUAUGUACCUGGCCCAUAAGCCCAUAAGCUUGGCCAAACGGAGAACACCGUAUCGAGCCUCCACGAACCCUAGCCUUAUUUCUCUUACGCAGACCGCAUCGAGCCUCGACGAACCUCGACGAACCCUAACUUCAUUCUCCCUUGCGCAGACAAAUAUCUCAUCCCUUUCGUCCUUCCCACUUCUUCCAUUUAACGGUUUCGUCUGUUCAUUCACUCCUUCAUCAAAUCCUCAUUAACCUCCAUUAAUGGAUCCCUUUCGCAUCCCUCACUCUGAUUUCUUUUAUAACCCCAAUCAUCCCACCAGUUUGAUUCCCCGCAAAACUAUCUUCUCUCCCGAUGAAUUCCAACAGCAAAAACUCCGCAUCCGGCGAUCUUAUCUCCAAGAAACCUAACGGGAAGGACGCUGUCUCCUCCGCCGCACCGGUCAAACCCUCCGCCGCAUCGAUGAAACCCUCCGCCGCGGCGAUGAAAAUCUCCGCCGCACCGACGAUCCCCUUCGCCGCAUCGAUGAAACCUAUUGGCCAAUCCGGUGUCUCCGGUGAUUCCUCUUCGACAAAACGUCACGGCAAGGCCGUUGUCUGCUCCGAUGUCCCCUCUGACAACAGCGAUCGCGUCGUGUUCUUCAAAGAUGUGACGUUUGGACCACAAGAAGACGAGUUGAGAUUUCGACUGAUCCAUUUUUGGGAGGCAAAACACGCAUUCUCGAAGAUACUUAUGGGUCUAGAGAUGCUUCUGGUCGACGCAGAGGGCACUGUGAUUCAGGGAUUCAUCCCACCAUCAAGGAUGGACACUUAUCUACGACACAUGAAGCCCGGUUCCACCUACAGACUUACCAAUUUUUUUGGUUCUAAGACCAAGAAGGUGUACCGGGUUGCUGAUCCAGACGUGACCAUUGCGUUCUCAUGGAAGUCUGUCCUCUCCGAUCUCACAGACACUUCGGCUUGGUUUCCUGAAGACCGUUUUCGUUUCCAUGGUUAUGAACAGUUCGAAGCGGCCUGUGACCUCAAAGGGGAUCUGUAUGAUUUUAUUGGUCAUAUCAAAUUGGUGAAUGAGCAGGCUCUUAACGAGAGUUUUGUGCUUGAUGAAGUCGAGAUAGCUUCUGAUCGGCGAAUUUUGGUUCAUGUUCAGACACAUGAUGGUCCUGUGAUGAAGCUCUACAUAUGGGACAAGGUAGCAACAGCCUUUUGCGAGAAGUUUAGAUCGCUUGGAAAACCUCCGAGUGUUAUCAUGGUGACAACUGUGAAUCCUAAGCGUUUAGGAGGUGCUUUGUCUCUGUCAUCUCUAUCAUCUUCACGGGUUUUUUUUGAUACGGAUGUUCAUCAAACCAGGGAGUAUCUGGCUUGGUAUGUAUUCAUCUAUAUAUUUGCACCGUUUACGUUAAUCUACCGACUGUGUUGCUUAUUUUGUUUUUUGAACAUUUCUAGGCUUGAAUCAAACUCGGAAGUUGCUAAUAGAGGUAAUGCUGAGAUUGUCACCAAGGCUGAGACAGCUACAAUCGGUGAGCUACUCACUUACAUGAAGCAGGAAGGAGCGAAGGUUGCUUGGUUCGAGUGUACGGCCACCAUUGAUGAUGUUGUGCGUGGCUCAGCUUGGUACUACAUUGCUUGUGGUGGAUGCAAGACUAAAGCUACUAAAGGACCUACCACGCUUAUGUGUAGGAAGUGUGGAAAGACUGAGAUUACUGGUGCUGCAGAGUAUCUCAGCAAGCUAUCUGUCUAUGACAACAAUGAUCAUGCGAGCUUUGUACUUCUCGGUGACGCUGGGUUUGAGUUAACUGGGAAGAAAGCAUCUGUAUUGGUUGAGAGUUACUAUGAGGUAAUCACAUACCUGUCCAUCGUUCAAUUUUUGGUUGUGUUCUAACAAUUUUUUAAAUUUAUAUAGGCUAAUGAGGGAUCAGGAGAUGAUCAUGUAGUCUCGGUGCCUCAAGUCCUUAUUGACACCAUCGGACAGAAACGCACGUUCGUUAUCAAGAUAUCAAAGCACAACUUGGAAGGCAAGACUCAAGCUUUGACUGUCACCAAGGUACUCCCUCUCGAGGUUCCAGCACUUGGAUACGAUUUAGCCGCCGACGUGGUUGUCUCUCCUACUGCAGAUGAGGGGGUGAAAAGAGGUGCUGAUAUGAUUGUGUCAGAUGAUGCUAAGCGUGCAAAAAGUGGCUAAUAUGUUUUGUGUACUUGGGUUGUGUUUGAAGAACGACUAUCUGUUUGUUCUUUUGCUUCUGGUUUUGUUUUUUCUUUGUUGAAAUAUUAUGAUUUGGUUCGUUUGCUUCAGUUUUUGUGUUGACAUUAUUUAUAUAUCGUAUUUUCUAUUUGGAUAAUUUUUGCUUCGUUGGUUCAUUUGUUUAUGUUGAGGUUUGACCUUUUUUAAGUUGCUAAAAUUUAUACAGUAUUUUUAUUUUUAGUAAUAAUUAUGUUGUUUAUUUUAAAAUAGUAAGGGACAAAUAAAAACUUGAAAAAAUUAUUUUACUUUUAUAUAUUUCUUCCAUAUAUAUUUAUAAAAUUAUCUCUUAUUUGUAUGUAAUAAAAAUUAGGGAACUGAGAUAAUUGAAUUAUACAUGAUUUAUAGUAAACUUUAGAGUAGACUUUCUCUAUUAUAACAUAUAUGAUUUAAAAAAUAAGAAAGGUACAAAUUCUCCUAUUUAAUUAUUUGAUAUUAAAACUACGAAUACUACGUAAGUAAUCAUCAUUACACUAUUAAAUCACUAAACGACUAAUUACUUCAACUCUUGCUAGAAUCCAAAAA